UGGGCGCAAGUAGCUGACCCAAAAUUAAUUGCUGCUGCCCGCGCGGACUCCGUCAAAUCUGCGCACUACCUUCCGGAGAGUCUCGCCGUAUAUAAGGCCCAACAUCUUGAUUUCGUUCAAGCGUCCAUAGCGCAAAGCAAGCAUUCCUCGGACGCGUUUCAUUCCCGAGUCGCAGUGUCUGCUUCGAAUAUACAAUGGCGCAACGAGCUCGACGAGCUCGCAAAUAUGACGCAAAGCAUGCACUCUUUCAGGCAGCAAAUGAACUACUUCGAGAGAAACAUGGUGCUGAAUCUGGGACGACUUGGCGUUUGCCUUUUAACAGCGGCAACGCCAUCUGGCCAAUCAGACGGACAUAUUCCGCCGAAAGCCACUCGUGUCGCCCAGAAGGACCUUAGCCAAUUGCAUGCGCGACUGUAGCCUUAUGUCGCACGUGCAGCUGAUCUCAUCCGAAUAGCCAACGAACUUGCAAGCCUGCACGCGUCAUUCGAAAGCGUUCUGGACAGUCGGCUGGGAUUGGCGUUGUUAGUGCUUGCAAGCAGUGUCUUUCCAACAACCCUAGUCACAAGCAUACUUUCCACGGGUGGUGAUUUGUUUUCUGGGCAACCUUUGUUCUGGGUCGUCUGGGCGACGGCUCUGCCCCUGACGUCCAUUCUCGCUGCGAUUCUGAUUUUUGGUCGACGGCUGGGCGGUAUAAUCAAGCAUCAAGGGCCAAACUCGGUCCCUUGAGCGGCGCAAGGACAAACGGGAUGAAACCUGGUGUAGCGAGCAAUGUAUAGAGCGACAGGUGAUGGUAUGGAAGUAGAAUUGUCCCUGCACAAUCCACGACCACUUGUUAAUUGCAUUUUGGCCGAGCCGAAGUAGAAGAGGUGUUGCGAAU